AUGGUGAGAGUCCAAGUCAAAGUGCCGCGAGACUGCGAAGUUAUCGCACGCGACUUAUCUUUCAAGUCGGUGUGGCGAGAGCUGAAGAAGGACGGGUGGACGCGAAAGCCACCUCCCGGCCGCAGUCUCGAUGACCGCUACUUCUGCAUGCCUCCCGGUAAGAAGGUGAAGGGGAGCGAAGGCGUCGACUACUUCCGUGGCGAACAAACAGUAUUGGAGCAUUACGCAGAAGAACUGCGAUGCCGUGCAGUAGGCGUCCAACCCAGUGCUCCUGGAGGUGAUCAACUUGCUGCAGCAGAUGUCUACAUCUGCUACCAGGCCAAAGUCGCCAGUAUAGCGAGCGCCGACGCGUCGCUCUUUGAUAAAUACCGCAAGUCCUGUGGCAAACUCACCAGCUGGAGGUACCCAGCCAAGGUCUCCGCUCAUCCCGACGCCACCACACGUUCAAGAUGCCAUUAUUCGUCCGAAGAAGCAGAUGGAUCUGAUAAUAUCAGCGACGGCGACUCCACGCAUCCAGCAGGAACUCCAACCAGAAACGAUGAUGCAGAUGAAGACGGAGAAGAUUCUGCUCUUGGUAGUGAGUUGCUAGCCGACAGCAUUGAUGAUUUGAACGUGGUUGGUAAUCAUGCGAUUGAACAUCUGGUUGGAAAGUUGGAUUCGGAGGCCGAUGAUAUGGAGACUGGAGAGUGCGUAUCGGAUGAAGAGGUGAAAAUUUAUUGUGCAGCUGACGCCAUUGGUGAUGAUCCGGUCGCGACAGAAGACGAAAUCACGGCAGAGGUUCUUUUCGCUGAUAAUUUUCUGAAUAGUUUUGGUGGUGAGGAUGAAGUUCUCGCUGGAAACCUCAAGAACGCUGUUCUGUGUGAGAUGUCCGUCAAAGGUUGGGAAGAUAUUGAUGAACCUGAUACUACUGAGUACAUGCACGGCCCGUACGGCCCGGUCAACAAUACGUCAAGCUAUCCUGGUCUUCGCCAAGGAUACUCGGGUCCAUCUGCAGACGCUUUGCGCAGAGGAGACUCUCCAAUUGGACUCUUCUUUUACUAUCUUCCUGUCGUACUGUGGUAG